AUGUCCGUCGAAAGCAAGCACGCCCUCGGCGCGAGCGAGCUCAAGGCGAAAAAGAAAGACGAGAAAAGAAAGCUCAAAGAGGCCAAGAAGGAUACGGAUACUAUCCAGGAUGCGGACGAUUUAGUGAAGGACAAGAGUGAGAGGAAGCCGAAAAAGAAAUCCAAGAAGCGAUCACGAGACGACGACGACGCCAAUGAAGAGAAACAACACCACGAAGAGGAGAAGGGCAACAACGCGGAAGAAGAUGCCGGAACAGAGAUAAGGUCACGCAAGAAGAGAAAGUCGGUCUCUUUCGCGGAUAAGGUUGACAUUCAAACAAUCGAGAACAAGGAUGAAAUAAAUGGUGCUACUGGCAAAGACACGAAAACAGAUGACCAUGACGAUGAAAACACGGCGGAUAAUGAAAAGCAAAGUCGCGAAAGAAGAAAGAAAGAAAAAAGAGAGAAACGCGAACAGCGGCGAAAGGACGGCGAGACGAGUACUACUACGAGCGAAGGGGAUAAAUCCACAACAGACUCAGUAGACAAGUCUAUUAUCGCCUAUUUGUCGCAAUAUUACCACGACCGUGCAUCGUGGAAAUUCCAGAAAAUCCGUGAAGCGCAGCUCCUUAAACAUGUAUUCUCUCUGGAGCAUGUUCCGUCUGAAUAUAAUCCAGCGCUAUUGGCGUAUUUGAAAGGAUUGAAGAGUGAAGGCGCAAGAACACGACUUCGUAAAGGUGCACAGGAUGUCAUAAAAUUUGACGAGAAGCAUACUACUGCUUCAUCAGAAGGAGACGAAAUUACGAGUACAGAAGAGACCAAGGGUAUUGCUAAAUUACCUGCUUUGCCCGAUUCAUGGAGAGAACAAUAUGGCGACGCGGUGUAUCGGUUCAAGGGAAACUUGAAUGGAGGUGUCAAGGAUCUGAAUGAAGGUGUCACCCUGACUGCACCCGCUGGGGAUGACAAUGAAAACGGCGAAGUCGAUGCCAACGUUUGGACCAGGCUUGAAUACCGCAAACGAGCCGAGAUGGUCUUGUGGACUGUAUCAGGUAGAAUAGGCAAAUACUCUUCUGCAACAAGUAAGCAGGAGAAGUCAGCAGAAACAGAGUCGGAGCCCACGGAAGCUGCAGCAUCCAAUAUGAAGAAGGAAGCCAAACAGAAAGCGCCGGCAAGGAAGAAGAGAAAGAAUCGAACAAUGAUUGUGGAUAUUUCGAGCAGCAGCGAGAGUUCUGAUUCGGACAGUGAUUGA